AAAAUGGGUGUUCCCACUUUUUCUAUGUGUGACUGUGGUGCUCUUCAUCUUACACCAGUAUACAAUUUCCAGUGGGUAUUUUACUGCAAUGAAGAAGUGUACUUUGCCCCCUGGUCAAGAUGGGACGUUCAAACAUGCACAUCAUGGAGAGCUCCAAUAAUGUGGAAUGAGAUGUUUGAAAAAGCAAUCUACGAUCAAUACCAUGUAGAAAAGGACACAUCUGUAGCCCUAACAGUGUUUGCCGUCGGAAGGUAUUUGGAGGUCUACUUGAAAGAGUUUUUAAUAUCAGCAGAAAGGCAUUUCAUGGUGGGCUUGCCUGUGGACUACUACAUCUUCACUGAUGUCCCGCAUAAUGUUCCCACUGUCCAGCUGGCACCAGGACGGACACUGCGAGCGAUCCCGGUAAAGAAGUACGAGCGCUGGCAGGACAUCUCCAUGAUGCGCAUGAAGGCCAUCACAGAGGCCAUCGACAACCUCAUCAGCACGCGCAACCAGUAUGUGUUCUGCAUGGACGUCGACCAGGUCUUUGUUGGGCCAUUUGGCUCCGAGGCCCUCGGGGAUUCAGUGGCCUUACUGCAUGCAUAUUUCUACAAGAGCUCAGUAACAGAGUAUACGUAUGACCGAAACCCUAAAUCAGUGGCUUACAUGAAUGACGGGGACUACUAUUACCACGCUGCUGUCUUUGGUGGCACCUGGCAAAACGUGAGGAACAUCACGGAAAGUUGCCAUCGGGGGAUUAAGACGGAUAAGGUAAAUGACGUUGAGGCCCUUUGGCAUGACGAGAGUCACUUGAAUAAGUACUUUUGGCUUCACAAGCCCAGCAAAGUGCUUUCGCCAGAAUACUUAUGGGCUUCGGAGAUUGGCUUCACUUAUGAAAUCCAUGUCCGUAGAAUGAUCUGGGCUGAAAAGCACUACGGGGUCCUCAGGGAUUAGAAAUUGACCAUGAAGAAU